AUGAGAACUUUCUUCAAAGAGGUCGCUCACCUAUAUAAAUGGAAGAUCUGCUUUGUCUCUCCAGUUCAGUUCAUUUGUAGAGAAUUUCGCUAUCACAGAAAAGAUCAAAGAAUUGACUCCCGACGAUCAGUCUUCGCAUCAGUCCUCCCACAAUUCUCAUUUUCUCUCUUUUUCUCUCAUUUUUUCUCUUUUUUUCUCUCAUUUUCUCUCUGUUUUCUCUCAUUUUCUCUUUUCAUCUCUCAUUUUCUCUCUUUUUUCUCUCAUUUUUUCUCUCAUUUUCUCUUUUCUUCUCUCAUUUUCUCUUUUUUCUCUCUUUUUUCUAUCAUUUUCUCUCUUUUCUUCUCUCAUUUUCUCUUUUUUUCUCUCAUUUUAUCUCUCUUUUUCUCUCUUUUUCUCUCUUUUCUUCUCAUUUUCUCUCUCUUUUUCUCUCUUUUUCUCUCUUUUUCUCUCUUUUCUUCUCAUUUUCUCUCUCUUUUUCUCUCUUUUUCUCUCAUUUUCUCUCUUUUCUUCUCAUUUUCUCUCUCUUUUUCUCUCUUUUUCUCUCUUUUUCACUCUUUUCUUCUCAUUUUCUCUCUCUUUUUCUCUCUUUUUUUCUCUCUUUUUCUCUCAUUUUCUCUCUCAUUUUCUCUCUUUUUUUUCUCAUCGAAAAAAAAAAGAAAAUUUUUCUCUCUUUUUCUCUCUUUCUCUCUUUUUUCUCUCUUUUUCUCUCUUUUUUCUCUCAUUUUCUCUCUUUUUUUCUCUCAUUUUCUCUCUUUUUUCUCUCAUUUUCUCAAGGUCACUAUCGCCUUUCUGUACAAUAUUAUCUUUUAUAUUAAUAUUUUCUGGUUUAAUUCUUAA